GAAUAAUAUUGAGCUCUUUCCCUCCAAAGUGAUUUGAGUACUUACGAACCCCCUACUCUCAAACAACCAAAUCUUACCGUUUUCUCACGAACCAUGGAUCCUGGACGAAGAGCCAUGUUGGAGGGACGCGCGCCUCGGGAAAGAGAUAUCACAUCUCCACGUCGCGACGAUGCCAAUCGAAUUUCAAAACCACAACGACCGGCAGGCAACUCUAGUUCUAGACCUUAUCGCAACAACCAAAGUCUCGAAGACGAACAAUCAAAGAAAUGGGUAGCAGAAGAGGACACUUUCGUUCUGAAGCAAGCAAAGAAGAAGGCAGAUAUUAGAGUUAGAGAAGGAAGAGCGAAACCAAUUGACUGGUUGGCGGUCAUUCUUCGAGUGAUCGAUCCCGAUAAAGAUCUCCUUGAUGCCGACGAAGAAGAGGUCCAACUCGACGUUGUAGAUCCAGAGGGCGUGUUUGAAGGGCUCAAUGAUGCGCAACUAGGAGAGCUGGAGACCGACAUUAAUUCUUACAUUGCUCUGGAGAAGAACAAAAAGAACCAAGAUUAUUGGAAGACGAUGCAGAUCAUCUGUCAUGAGCGCCGUCAAAAGUUAAAGCCAGUCGGUCCUAAUGAACGAGCUGUAAGCUCUGUUGCUGCAGAUGUAGAUAAACUGCUAGGGCCCAAAACAUAUGAGCAGCUGGAAAGUUUGGAGGGACAGAUUAGGGCAAAGCUCCGUUCGAACGAACCAAUAGACACAGAUUAUUGGGAACAACUCCUAAAGAGUUUGUUGAUUUGGAAGGCGAAAGCUAAACUCAAGAAAGUUUAUCAAUCUGUGUUGGACACUCGGCUCGAAGCCUUACGAAAAGAACAACAGGAGAAGGCAGAAAGUGUUCAAAAGAAGUUACAAGUACUAUUGUCUGGCCCAGCACCAGUGGUUGAAGAGGGAUCACAAAUACCAACUUCGAUCGCCGCACAAACACCCCGUCGUCAGCCUCACUUUGCCUACUCAGAGAAGCAUGACCCAGAACCGUUACUCAAAUUAAGGACUGAAGACAAAUCAGGCGAGAUUAUUGACGAAUCUGAUUUCCUCAAAAAGAUCGUUGCCGAGCGCCGGAAAGUCUUGAAGCUAGGUUACGUGCCUUCACGUCCACUUGGUCCAGAAAAGAGUAUCCCUGGCACUGUCAGUAAACCUACCACAUCUGCCAACAAUGCGCCUCCAGGUACACAGCGCUUUUCCGCUGUAGUUACUGAAGAUUUUUCACAAGCUACAAAAGCAUUGUACGAUAGAGAGGUGGCAAGAGGGGUAAAUGAGAACGAGGAAAUUUUUACGGCGGAGGAAAGUCUUACAACGACUUCAGCUCCUCAAUGGGCAGACAAAUACAGGCCAAGGAAACCGCGUUAUUUUAAUCGAGUUCAAAUGGGUUACGAGUGGAACAAAUACAACCAGACCCAUUACGAUCAUGACAAUCCCCCUCCAAAAGUUGUCCAGGGUUACAAAUUCAACAUAUUUUAUCCGGAUCUUAUAGACAAAGCGAAGGCGCCAACAUUUCGAAUCAUUCGGGAACAUGGUCGAAAGAGAGGAGAAUCAUUUGCGCCUGCUGGAGAGGAAGAUACGUGUCUACUUCGCUUCAUAGCUGGACCUCCUUAUGAGGACAUUGCCUUCCGUAUUGUUGAUAAAGAGUGGGACUAUUCUGCGAAGAAAGAUCGUGGCUUUCGCAGUACUUUUGACAAGGGUAUUCUCCAGUUACACUUCCAAUUCAAAAAGAUAUACUACCGAAAGUAAUCACGAUUCGCGAGUUUCCUGCUUGCCCCAUUGUGGCACCAGAGUUUGGGAAGUAUCAGUUUGGUUGAGAUUUUUCUUUAGCAAUCAUUGAGCUCACAAAUAAACAUCCCCAGAUUUCUUCCACGUGUGUUAUGUCACACAAAGGAACUUUGUACUUCCGUCAAAAUAAUACUACGUACAUGACGGCAACGAUUCGAUGCAUGAGAGCAGCGUUAACACGGGAAAAUGAAAUGAGAUCAUUAAAACUAUCUAUACAUGGAAGCAUUAACACCGGAGAAUACGAUUGAGAUUAUUAACAUCCUUUAUGUAUCUGAUAGCCUUUCUUAACAGCGUUAAUAGUAAUAAUUUGGAACUAUUGGCACAAUUCAUAGCAGUAAUGAGAUGGAAUCUAGUCGUUUACUAGACCUUUUCUUCGAUACAAAGUAGCUGCGUUUUUAAAUCUGACACAAAACUCCGGUUCGGCUUUCGUUCGUGGGUGUCGUUGAGAUUGAGUAAGUCGAAACGGUUUUACGGGUGGCUGAUUUCCACAUAGUCCAGUUACUUCAAACAAAAACAACUCUGUGUUCCUUCUAGAAUAAGAAUUAAGAACAAUUGAACCAGACAAUUCUUUGUGAUUGUGCCCGCUCGAGGCUGACGGUGGAACAUCAGAAUACUCUUCUAGGUUUAAAUUCAAACA